AAAGCCGGAGCAGCCGAGCGAUCCCUCACUCCGAGCAGACGGAGACGGGGCUGGAGGGAGCGGGCGGAGGAGCUGCCCGCAGGCGUCGGGGGGCGAUUUCCUCUUCCCAGCCCGGGGGGUCUCUUCCCUUCCUGGAGCCAGAAGGGGAGCAGGGCCGCGGAGACAGGAUCGAUCGCACCGCGCCCGGCCAGGGUGGGACAGCUCCCAACCCCCCCUCCCACGACCCCCAUAGACCCCCCACGAGUGCGGGGAGGGUGCGGGACAGACUCCCCCCAUACACGUGCGGGGGAGCCUCUAACCUCCCCAUAGACCCCCGAUCGCCUCCCCGUGCGGGGAAGGUGCGGGACACCCCCCCCCAUACACCCCCGCUCGCCCCCACGUGCGGAACAGCCUCCCCCACAUACAGCCCCAGGUGCGGGGAGGGUGCAGAGGAGGCUGCCUGCCCGCCGCUGUCUCGGAGGAUGAAGCGACUGAGCGAGGAGACCUGGUCGGGCUUCGAGUCGGACGGGACCAUAGACGUGGGCAAAGAGGAGGAAUACAGCCAAGUAUCCAGGGCUGUUUCUCCCACCACCACAUCUCAGAUACAAGCCAGGAAGAAGCGGAGAGGGAUCAUUGAGAAGCGGCGCCGGGACCGUAUUAACAGCAGCCUGUCUGAACUGAGGCGUUUAGUCCCUACUGCCUUUGAGAAGCAGGGCUCCUCCAAGCUGGAGAAGGCAGAGAUCCUGCAAAUGACAGUGGACCAUUUAAAAAUGCUUCAUGCCACUGGAGGAACAGGGUUCUUAGAUGCCCGUGCCCUGGCUGUGGAUUACAGGAGUAUCGGCUUCCGUGAAUGCCUCACUGAAGUUGUCAGAUACCUUGGUAUCCUUGAGGGACAAAACGGUGCUGAUCCUAUCCGGCUACGACUCCUCUCCCACCUGAAUAAUUACGUUGCUGAAAUGGAGCCUUCGCCCAUAGCCACUUCCCUUCUGCCCUUUCAAAUGUGGCCCUGGUCAUUCCUCCACAAUUCCACAGCCCCCGCCAACCAAGUACUAAUACCCAGGAGGGAGGCUGUCCCGGGUCUAGCUGUCUUGACUGCUUCCCCCGUGGCUUAUCCAAGUACCACCAUGAGAAGAGCUCCCGUUCGCCGAAUUCCUAGUGCCAUCAUGCCAGCCCGCCGAAACUUCCUUUCCAAUAGGAUGGCCUCUUCAUCCCGGAGGGCUAGACCCACAGUGAGAUCAACAAUCCCAGGUGCCAUGUCCAGUGUGCCAUCACCGGGUGGUGCCCUGAGAGAUGCCACCUCUAGAAGCAGCCAGAUUGCAACGUUCCUGCUCUCCUCCACCUCUGCUGGAGUUCCCGUACCACCUGCUUCUUACACAGUUCCUCCUGCUUUGAAUGCUUCUCCCCAGGGGCCAGGCAACCGAAGUGGGACUUCCAGACUCUGCCGCUCCUGGGCUACUGAAAUUGGGGCUUUCUGAUCCCUCCCUGACAAAAUCCUAACGGAGACAAAAAUCAUCAGCAGCCAUUGCUCAAAAAGUACGCUCCGAUGAACAGCUUCUUUCCUGCUUUGCAGAAAUAAAGGAUCGAUAAAGGAUCCUCUCCUCACCUUGCCAUCCCUUCUUAUUCCUCACGUCAUCUUCCCUCCCUCCCCAUCACUCUGUCUCCCUCUUUCCCAUUUCAGGUUUGCAGAUUUUGUAUUGAACUGAAUGUAUUUGUCUGUGUACAACUCCACUAAAGGUUGUGGGUGAGGUUUAUCCUAAUUCAGAUCUUUCCCUUCUCCAGCCCAGGCCCUGGUAGAGCUGAAUGUUGCAGUUUGGAGAAUGUAAACCAGCCUUGGCACUGAUUUGACUUUGCUGGAGACACAGAGCUCCCAAGCAGUGACACUUUCUACCACUUGUAUGCAGUGUUGUUGUAGCCAUGUAGGUCCCAGGAUGUUAGCAAGUCAAGGUGUGGGAAGGAAUAUCUUUUAUUGGACCAACUUCUGCUGUGACCAAGAAAGCUUUCCAUCCUAUACAGAGCUCCUCUUCAGGCCAGCCCUGACGACGAAUUCUGUGUCAGCUCAAAAGCUUGUCUCUCUCACCAGCAGAAGUUGGUCCAAUAAAACAUAUUCCCUCCCACACCUUGACUUUCCAACACUGACUUCCUCCCAGCUUCAGCAUGUUGUUUGACAUGGUCUAAGUGAGGAGAGACGUGCUGGCGAGUAAUAGAGAUGACCCACCACACGCACACAAACUGUCCUUUGAUAACUGAACUCAACCCCCCUCAGGAUUGCUGUGAACAGUCAGGACAGUUGGGAGGUUCCUCUCCGUUGGCCAACGCCAUUCUCUUGAGCUCUAAAAAUGGAGAGCUUGACACUGUGUGUAACAGGCUCAUUCGAAACACAUAACCCUGAGGGACGAGUUGGAUGAAAACGUAACGGUUCCCGAUCUCCCUUUGAACUGACACACUGUGAUACCCAGUACGCAUUCCUGCUGCAUAGAAUUAUCCCAGCACAGGCCUUCCUGUACGUAAGACCCCAAUACUGUGUGCAGUCCACAUUUUCAUUUCCCAUGGCUCGGCCUUUACCUAAAACCAGGGCCUUCCCAAGUGUCACUGGUGUACUUGAUUCAUGGAAACAUUUGCCUGAUCCUGUGCUUAGAUCAAUGCUGUUAUCAGAAUGUUUUCAGGAAGGAUUAUCAGACAUUACUAUGCAAAAUUCCUUUGCCAGCUGCUGUUUGGGAUUCCCUAUGUAGAUAAGUCAGAUGUCUGUGAGAGAGACAGACCUUCCUCAUCCAGUGAAGCAUUACAGAGUAAGGGAGCAGGUUUCCAAAGUGACACCUGUCAUGGAGGGGAGGGCUUGGCAACUGAAAUAUGAGGGAGAAGGAUGCCCUUCCUUCUCUCUUCCCCUCUUCAGCCAUCAAUCCUCCCUCCCCAUAUGAAAAUCCAUUACCAUAAAGGGAGGAGGGGAAGAAAGCAUUCUUUACCCCAAGCUCCUCCUUUGUUUUUGCCAACUUCCAGAUCCUUAAUUAAAGUUUCUAGCCUGUUUC